AUGAAAAGAAAAAGUUUUCUCUUGAUUCUCGCUCUGUUCACUGUUGAGAUCGCUUCGGAUGACUGUCAAGCCAAACUAGAAAAAAAACAGAAAAUAAUCGAGGAACUGAAGGAGCAGCUAAUGAGUAUGGAUGGUAACAAUGAUGUAACAAUGUGCGACGAUUGGACGAAGUAUCAAGGGAAAUUCUACAAGCUGAUCCCGGUAGCCACCAGUCACAAGGAGGCCGAAGAGGUUUGCCAAAAGCAAGGCGCGCAAUUGGUCUCCAUUCACAGCGACGAGGAGGCCAAUUUCGUUUUGGAUUUGGGUUUGGAUCCAAACCGCAACCAGAAUUUCCAUCUCGGAUUGUCGAAGAACGGAGACAAAUGGAGUUGGAGUGACGGGACGGAGAUGAAUUACACGAAAUGGGACUCCUCUCAAGGGAAUGACUUCAAAUGGGCUGUGUUGCCUCCAUCAAAGCGCUGGUACAAGAUCAACGACGACGAUUGGGGGCAAAUCAUUUGCAAGAGAGCAAAC